CAACCACGUUGUUUGGUGUAUCUUCUACGAUUUUCCAAUUUUGUCAUUCUGAGGCAUUCUUUCACACAGACAACCAUGUACGAAGAUGAUGAUGAUGAUAUGCAGUAUGGGGAGACGGGUGAACAUGAAGUCGAAAAGGAGGAUGAAGAGGAGAUUUCCAGCGAACACUGGCAGGAAGCAUGCUGGGUGGUGAUCAGUGCUUACUUUGACGAGAAGGGACUUGUGCGUCAGCAGCUCGAUUCAUUCGACGAGUUCAUUCAAAUGAAUGUGCAAAGAAUUGUAGAGGAUUCACCUCCUGUGGAGCUGCAAGCUGAGGUCCAGCAUUUCUCAGGAGACAUAGAAAAUCCCACUAAAUUCUCAUUAAAGUUUGAUCAAAUCUAUCUGUCCAAGCCGACUCAUUGGGAAAAAGACGGUGCUCCUACUCCUAUGAUGCCGAAUGAGGCGCGGCUGCGUAAUCUGACUUAUUCAUCCCCAUUGUAUGUCGACAUAACUAAACAAAUACAAAGGGAUGACGAUGUGACGGAAAGGAAGUAUGAGAAAGUUUUCGUAGGGAAGAUCCCCAUCAUGCUAAGAUCCAGUUACUGUAUGCUGUCUAAUAUGUCAGAUCGUGAUCUUACCGAGCUGAACGAAUGCCCUCUAGAUCCAGGCGGGUAUUUUGUUAUCAACGGUUCUGAAAAGGUCCUUAUCGCCCAAGAGAAAAUGGCUACGAAUACAGUGUAUGUGUUCUCCAUGAAAGAUGGAAAGUAUGCCUUCAAAGCUGAGUGUCGUUCCUGCCUUGAGAACUCCAGCCGCCCCACUUCGACUAUGUGGGUGAACAUGAUGGCGAGAAGUGGUGGUGGUGCAAAGAAAACAGCUAUGGGUCAGCGAAUCAUAGCCAUUUUACCAUAUAUCAAGCAGGAAAUUCCUGUGAUGAUAGUAUUCCGUGCACUGGGAUUUGUGUCAGAUCGAGAUAUCUUAGAACACAUUAUUUAUGACUUUGAAGAUCCUGAAAUGAUGGAAAUGGUCAAACCUUCUCUUGAUGAAGCUUUUGUCAUCCAGGAGCAAAAUGUGGCCCUGAACUUCAUCGGUGCACGUGGUGCGAAGCCAGGAGUAACUAAGGAACAACGUAUCAAAUAUGCUAAAGAAAUUCUACAGAAAGAGCUGCUACCACAUGUUGGAGUCUCAGACUUUUGUGAAACCAAGAAAGCGUACUUCAUUGGUUAUAUGGUACACCGGCUUUUGCUGGCUGCAUUGGGUCGUCGUGAGCUAGACGAUCGUGAUCACAUCGGAAAUAAAAGACUGGAUCUUGCCGGUCCAUUGCUAGCUUUUCUGUUCCGAGCACUUUUCAGAAACUUGCUGAAAGAGAUGCGACUGACAGCACAAAAAUAUAUCAACAAAAAUGGAGAUUUCUCUUUGGAUGUUUGCGUCAAAACGUCCACCAUAACUCGUGGUCUUGCCUACUCGCUGGCUACUGGAAACUGGGGUGACCAGAAGAAAGCGCAUCAGUCAAGAGCUGGUGUUUCACAGGUGUUGAAUCGGUUGACUUACACUGCUACACUAUCCCACCUACGACGAGCAAAUUCGCCUAUUGGAAGGGAAGGAAAGCUGGCGAAGCCUCGUCAAUUACACAAUACUCAAUGGGGAAUGGUGUGCCCGGCUGAAACUCCCGAAGGGCAGGCUGUGGGUCUGGUGAAAAAUUUGGCGUUGAUGGCGUAUAUUUCUGUCGGCUCACUUCCGGAGCCCAUCCUAGAAUUCUUGGAAGAAUGGUCUAUGGAAAAUCUAGAGGAAGUUGCACCAUCUUCUAUCGCUGACGCCACCAAGAUUUUCGUAAAUGGAGCUUGGGUGGGCAUUCACAGAGAUCCUGAGCAUCUUAUGACCACGUUGAAGAAACUUCGCAGGCAAAUGGACAUCAUUGUGUCUGAAGUUUCCAUGGUAAGAGAUAUUCGUGAUCGAGAGAUUCGAAUCUACACCGACGCAGGGCGCGUAUGUCGACCUCUUCUUAUUGUCGAGAAGCAGAAACUCGCAUUGAAAAAGCGGCAUAUUGACAUGCUCAAGGAUCGCGAAUCCGGCAGUAAUUUCAGUUGGUCAAACCUCGUGGAAGGCGGUGUGGUAGAGCUGAUUGACGCCAUGGAAGAAGAAACCGUCAUGCUGGCUAUGAUGCCUGAGGAUCUAAAAGCAGGUGGCUACUGUGACACAUAUACCCAUUGCGAGAUUCACCCAGCAAUGAUACUUGGAGUUUGUGCCUCAAUUAUUCCAUUUCCGGAUCACAAUCAGAGCCCGAGAAAUACUUACCAAAGUGCUAUGGGUAAGCAAGCUAUGGGUGUUUACACCACAAAUUUCCACGUUCGAAUGGACACACUUGCUCAUGUCUUGUAUUACCCACAGAAACCUCUAGUUACGACAAGAUCUAUGGAAUAUCUAAGAUUCAACGAGCUUCCUGCUGGCAUCAAUGCUAUCGUCGCUAUUCUUUCCUAUACUGGCUACAAUCAAGAGGAUUCCGUUAUCAUGAAUCAAUCAGCCAUUGACAGAGGCUUCUUCAGAUCGGUUUUCUAUCGUUCUUACCGUGACCAAGAAGCUAACUUGGACGGUGCUAACGAGGAGCUCAUCGAAAAGCCAACGAGGGAUAAGUGCUCUGGAAUGAGGCACUCGCUUUACGAUAAGUUGGACGAUGAUGGAAUCAUAUCACCUGGCAUGCGCGUGUCUGGCGAUGAUGUGAUCAUUGGAAAGACCGUCGCGCUUCCUGAAGUUGACGAUGAUCUGGAUGCAAGCAGUAAGAAAUACACGAAAAGAGAUGCUUCAACAUUCCUUCGCAGCUCUGAAACUGGUAUUAUUGAUCAGGUGAUGGUAUCGUUGAACACCGAUGGAAACAAAUUCGUCAAAAUCCGCGUACGAUCCGUGAGAUUGCCACAAAUCGGUGACAAGUUUGCAUCUCGGCAUGGCCAGAAGGGUACCAUGGGUAUCAUGUACCGGCAGGAGGAUAUGCCUUUCACAUGUGAAGGUUUGACGCCUGACAUCAUCAUCAACCCUCAUGCUGUUCCAUCUCGUAUGACCAUCGGCCACUUGAUCGAAUGUCUUCAAGGAAAGCUUUCCGCUAAUAAAGGUGAAAUUGGUGACGCCACCCCAUUCAACGAUACUGUGAAUGUGCAGAAAAUCAGUAACCUGUUGCAAGAAUAUGGUUACCAUUUGCGAGGGAAUGAAGUUAUGUACAACGGUCAUACGGGAACGAAACUGACCACUCAGAUUUUCUUCGGGCCAACAUACUAUCAGCGUCUGAAGCAUAUGGUGGACGAUAAGAUCCACUCUCGUGCUAGAGGACCGGUUCAGAUGAUGAACAGACAACCUAUGGAAGGAAGAGCUAGAGAUGGAGGUUUGCGUUUUGGAGAAAUGGAGCGCGAUUGUCAGAUCUCACACGGUGCAGCACAGUUCUUGCGUGAGCGCCUCUUUGAAGUUUCGGAUCCCUACCACGUUUAUGUGUGCAACAACUGUGGCUUGAUAGUUGUUGCUAACUUGAGGACAAACAGUUUCGAGUGCAAGGCUUGUCGAAACAAAACCCAAGUGUCUGCGGUACGAAUACCGUAUGCAUGUAAAUUGUUAUUCCAAGAGCUUAUGUCAAUGUCUAUCGCCCCACGCCUGAUGGUAGACCCGUAAUCAUUUGUAAACAUUGUGUCAUUAUGAGUCAUUCAUAAUUUAUACAAGAGACGUAUUGUUAAUUUGCCGGUAGAAAAUUCAAUGAUGACUGUUGAGUACCGUUACUGUAGGUUUUGGGAAGGUGUUUCAAGCUUACAGCAUCUAGCUUUUUCAGUAAUUACUGUUUUGUUGAAGUAAAUAAUUUAUCGGCACAUUCGUCAAACCUUUCGAAGAAAUCGCUAUUAAGGUAAUCAUCUAAAAAUCGUAUUGAAAAUGUACAUCAAAUUUCGCGUGCUGCUGCACAGGUUUCGUUUCCUCUGUAGGCAUCAACUCUUCCUUUUCGUGCGUUCCAAAUCCUUUUUGCUUAUCAUGGCCUCUCUCAUCUGAUAGCUUUCGGCUAUCAUCUCUCUGCUCCUCGCCAUUCAUUCCGUUGGACGUAUGCGAUUUCUCACUUUUUCUCCCAUUUCGUUUCUCCUUAUCGCUUUCAUCCAUAAUCUCAUCCUCUCCUUCGCC